AUGGCUUCCCCGUCCGCCGACGACCUGCAGCUCUCCGAUGCAGACAUCGAUCUCGACUCGCCCGCCCCAGCACUGCCUGAUGAUGCGGGUGCAUCUUCUGGCAGAUCACGGCCGCAGCGCGCCGAGUCGCGCUACACAUCCGAAGAGGCUCGCGAUGAGGCGCUGCGGCGUGAAUUGGAUCAGGUGCGGGGCGUCAACAAAGCCAUCGAAGACGUCAUUGAGAGCCUGCAGAAGGCCAAAACCAAUAUGCAUACUGUGAACCACACCGUCACCUCUGCUUCCACGCUCUUGCAAACAUGGACACGAAUCCUUUCCGCAACUGAGCACAACCAGCGUCUCAUCCUUGAUCCCAAUUGGCAAGGCGCUACCCAAGACUUGGCUGAAAUCGAGGCCGACACAAUUGCACAGCAGCAGGCUAUGGAACGCCGCGAGCGCGAGGAGCAGGCACGCCGCGAAGCAGCCGCCCGCAAGGCUGAGGAUGAGGAGCGCAAGAGGACCGAAGCCGCUAGCCGGCCCACCAGCGCAGCGAGCACGAGGGGACGGAGGGGUGGACUGCGGGGAAGAGGAUCGGCAAGUGCCUCGAGUACUACAAACACCGGCCGGACUACUCCCGGAGGGUACGUCGGCGUCGGCGGGCAGAGGGGUGUGGGCAGAGGACCUGCAGGAGGAAGGACUGCAAGCGGAAUUGGCCGAGGUGGUCUGAGAGGAAGGGGGCGUGGUUGA